AUGACCUUGCUAAACAUUGCCAUCUUCUCUCUGCAAGAUGUUAUUACAUCAAGCUAUGAGCAGCCAAGUCUAAUAAUAACGGGGACAAAUCUGCGUACGGAUGGUGAGAAAAGAGAGUUCGGAGAAGAUCACUGGACCUUUGUAUUCGCGCUUGCUGGAAGAACUCGCGCCCAUUUGCUGAAACAUUCCCCACUCGGCCUCGCAUAA